AGUUUGCCGUUGUUAUAAACGUUGCCAUGCGGCGGACAAAAUUGCUGGACGUUUCGGAGGGUAGGUGGAGCUUCGACAAAGGACGACGCAUAAGAACUCUCUUCGAUCUGAUGACCAGUCCCACAUUUCACAGCACAGUUCCGCGAAUCCAUGUCAUGUGCAGGUCCGAAGAAUUUCGCAUGUGAGAGGGGAGCUCCAAAAGAAGUUAGAGGAAGAAAGAAAGAAGUAGUGACUGUGAUCGACUGAUUUAGGACCAAUCAUUUCUCCAGAAUUGAGAAUGGAAGAGGUGCAUAUAUUACUUGGUCCCAACAGUACCAACGGUACUUCAGGUAGAAGAGUGCACAUAGUGAAAACCAAAGGUGAAGACUGGGCAGUUCUACGUUUGAUAUGGAUUGGACGGAACUCUGUCAGCAUCUCGGAAUUUAUACACGGCCCUGUGGGGGAUGUUGGGAUCAUUUUGUUGCAUGGACUCUUUGCACAUGCAUAAACAUGUGUGAAGCUUAAGCGAGCAACAAAAAGCAUACACUGCAAAAGGAACCAUAUAGGAAAAGAGUUGAAAGCUAUUUCAACUUUGACUUUUGUGUUUUAGUUCAUUUCAAUUUGGACUUCGAGUGACUAUUCGACAAUACCUUCUUGAGGUUCUAUGUUGGAGGAAAGAGGACUAAGAGUGACCAAGUACUGAAUCAAAAAUAGCUGGAGGGGUAAAGAGGAGAGCGUGGAGUAACCUCGAAGCUGAACCAGGGAAUUUUGAUGUCUCUUCCAUCAGGAAGUUGGCGGUGACGGGUGUUUCAGGUUGUGUGUGUGGGGGCUUCCCCGCUUCUCAGCUCCACUGUUGCUCCUGCGUCUUGUCGAGUACAAUAGUGCUUUUGUGAAGAUUCAGCUCUGCACCUUCGACAAAAUAACCCUAUGGAGUUAAUCCCCGGCAAGGUUUAUAAGAGGCGACAACAACAACGGCUCAAUAGCCGAUCACCGCCUAAAGGGUCAGCCAAGUAUCAGAGGAAGAAGGAUCAGCUUCGGCCUGCCGACCAGAUAGUUGCUGUCUUCGACCCGAACGCUGCAGAUGGGGAUGGGUUGAGGACUUCAAGAGGGAAAUUUCUCUAUGGAAGGCCUACUUCAGGCAGCCUUGCCGGAGCUGGCGAUGAGACAGAAGCUUGCAUCGGCAAGCUGCAACGCAGUAUCAAAAGACAAAGCCCUGAAAUUCUCGUAAAGUGGGUAGGCAAGAAGAGGAGGAACCCGGCGAGAGUUGGCCCAGCCUUAGGAAAUCUUAUAGACUUCGGAAAUACAGAUGGGAACACCCCCAUUUCUUCUGAUGCUCAGAAACUUGAGAAAGAUCCAUCAUUCUUCUCAAGGCGGAGGGACCCAAGACGCAAAGUAAGGGCUGCUCUCCGAGUGUUACGACUUCAAGACAGGGAAGGCUCUGUAAAUUUAUGUGGACCAAAGAUGAUUUCGAAUGAUAGCACCACGAUGGUGGCACUGAUGGAUACAUGUCCAAAGACUCUUCCUCAGAGUCCUGUAGGACCAGUGACACCAGUUCCUUCAAAGCAGAAAAAGGCCCAAAAGAGGAAGUCAUUGUAUACCCUGGGUGAUGUUGCCGACGUCCAACAGGUCAUGAUGGAAACUCACUCACCAGCCAGAAGGAAGUUGUUCGAGCCAUCCUUAGGAGCACUCAUUUUAGACGUUUCGGAACGGAGGGAUUUGUUUUAUUCUCAAGAAGAUGACGCCUGCUCAAAAUUACCUUGUGCUUCCCGUUCACUUAUUACAGUGGAGACGAGUCAGGUUACGCCUGGGAUUUGGAUGGACCCAGCACUGGAGUGUCGGCUUGAGGAUAUGCAAAAUGCUUGUGAGGUUGCACAUUGCUACCAAACAUUGAACCCAUGCGGAUUAUUAGAUGGAUGUGAAGGGAACAUUGGUAUUCUAGGAGUCAAUUCAAAUUUCGUACAUAGCCAAGGUGAUAGCCUUACUCCUACCCAGCAACCUCGUAAGUUACAGGAUAUUCUCCCAUCUAUCAGUGGUGGAUAUAACACUGAUCAGGUGCAAAAUGUUCUUGAUAUAUCCAAGAAUGUACGUGGCUGUCAGUUGUGUCCUACCACUCCCGUCAAAUUCAGCGUGCCUAAGAAGUCAAGGUCCAAGGUCAAACCCCGUCACCAAACACAGCAAGGUAACAAUUGCAUUGUUCAGCAGCCUCGACACUGUCUGAAUGUCGAACAUGCAACUCCCUUGCGCAGUGUCGAGAGUCUGGAGUUUAGAAGUGAGACAAAAGAGCAAGAUGUACUCUUUGAUCUCAAUGAACCUCCACUACCUAUCCGUGAUGAGCCUCCUAUGAAUAACCAUGUAGAGCCUCCUGACAAAGACGAGAAAAUUUCCAAGAGGAAACAUCGGAGGCCGAGGGUUCUGAAAGAUGUGACCAAGCCUGUUCGUGUUCCUAGGCCUAAGAAGACUCCCAUUCCUCGGAAGGGUCCACACUCUAAGCCCAGGAGGACAAAGAAGACUGAUGCUCAAGCUGCUCAAAUGAAGCAUCAAGGUGGUUUUGUUGAACGUUAUAAUGUUUCUGAAGGUCAGGCGGACAGAAGAGUUCCAGAAUACCUCCUCAGAGAGGACUCACUAGGGUCCAUGCCGAAACCUCGGAGGAUGAGAGUAGCUGCCCGCUUGCGAAGAAGCCUUUCCUUGCAGGUUGUUCGGGAGGACUCGGUUGUAGCAGUAGAGAGUGUUGCUGUUGGCAUUGCAGACCUUCAACUUCUGAACUCCUCGACCACAAAGGCAAUAGUUUUACAUUCCAGUAACCAAAGAGCUAUAGUGCCAUAUGCGAAGCCGCGACUGAAGGUACAGAAGCCCAAGGUUCAGCUGGGAGAUGACGAUCUACAGUGGUGGAAGCUUGUUAUGACCCAUGGUCCAACUUAUGAAGACAAAAACGAUGAAAAAACUGAAGAGAAGUGGGCAAAGCAGAGAUUCCUAUUCAAGAUGAGGGCGGAUAAUUUCAUCCAAGUUAUGCAUGCAGUGCAAGGUAAUAGACGGUUUUCAAAAUGGAAAGGUUCCGUCAUUGAUUCUAUUGUGGGUGCGUUCCUCACGCAAAAUGUUUCGGAUCAUCUGUCAAGCUCUGCCUUCAUGUUGCUGGCAUCCAGAUUUCCAGUCUCAGUUUCAUCAACUUGUGGACAUAAUAUAUACAAAGAAGUAAGCGUGGAAGAGACUUUUGAUUCAAGGGACAAUUAUACAGAUGCCACACCCUUGAGAAUGAGAGAUGCCGAUAAGGAUUACCUUGUCGAAGAACCGACUGCAGUUGAAGAUCCACCCUUAGUCCAAGAACCUCCUGUUGUUGAAAUACCAUCAACUCCUGAAGAGCUAGAGGAAGAACAUAGAGAUUUUUGGCAUUCAACUCCUAUUCAUUCUGGAGAAAAAUCUCAAAUUAACAGGAGUUGUGAGCAUCAAUUUGACCAUGAUAGUAGUCCUGUGGUAAAUAGUAAAAUUUCAGGUGAUUUUAAAAUUCGUGAUGAAUUCGGGGUUGAAAUCCCAUCAAUACCUAAUGGUCAGCAAGAAGUUGAAGAUAAGGACUCUUUGAUCCCAAAUGAUCCGGAAGGUGCAGUUGAGAAUCCUUUGAUCGAUCUAGCUCAGAGCAUAGGAGCAGACAAUAUUUCUUCUGAUGAGAUUCUCAGUACUUUGGAAGAGAAGACGGACAAAGUAUCUUACAUUGGUCUAACUGGUUCAGAAAGGGCCAGGUUAGAACAAAAUAAGACAAAUAGCAAGGAUAAAAUAAAUUGGGAGGAAGUACGAAAAUCGUUUGCAGAUCAAUCUUGUGAAAGACCUCAAACUCUUGGGGAAGAUGCGGUUGAUUGGGAAACAGUAAGAACAACUGAUGUGCAUCAGAUUGCUGAUGUGAUCAAAGAAAGAGGAAUGAAUAAUAUGCUAGCAGGAAGAAUCAAGGGGUUUCUUGAUCGAGUACAAAUUCAUCACGGCAGUUUAGAUCUUGAGUGGUUAAGGACUAUCCCACCUGAGCAAGCAAAAAAAUUCUUGCUCAGUAUCCACGGACUUGGUCUGAAGAGUGCCGAGUGUGUCAGGCUUUUAACUCUCCAUCAUUUAGCCUUUCCUGUGGAUACGAAUGUUGGGAGGAUUUGUGUGAGACUUGGAUGGGUGCCGAUUGAACCACUUCCCGAGGUGCAAUUGUUGAGUGAGCUAGAGACGUACCCUGUUCAGGAAAACAUCCAGAAGUACCUGUGGCCAAGACUGUGUACUUUGGAUCAGCUCACUCUGUAUGAAUUACAUUAUCAGAUGAUUACAUUUGGCAAGGUUUUCUGCACCAAAAGGGAUCCUAAUUGUCAUGCGUGUCCUCUGCGCAAUGACUGUCAACACUAUGCGGAUGCAAUGACCAGGACGAGAAAACCAGAGAUAACUUCUACGGCACAUUGGGAGUCUCGCGCCUCACAAAGUGAAACGCUUGCUUUACAUGCAGCAACUGCUAACCUCAUGGAAAGACUUAACCAGCCAACUACAAGUACUGCAAUAUGUGAACCUAUCAUCGAGGAACCAUCGAGCCCUACCAGAAACUCAUCAACUCGCGAUGAUGAUAUAAUCGAAGUUCAUGAUGAAGGGAAUGCCCCUGGAGUAAUUGUGCAGACCCCUGAAUUCCCCUCUCAUGCCCUCGUGGUUGUGCCACCUGAUGUGGCCUCAAAACCAGUACCAAAGCUGAAGAGUGUGGGCCGUCUACGAACUGUGCAUUAUGUAUACGAGUUGAAGGAUGAUCACCCACUCAUGCAUAUGAUUGGUGCCAGGGUAGAGGAUGAUCCAUGCCCCAUUCUACUCGCCAUUUGGGGUCCAGGAGAGUCACCUGAUAUGGAUGUAGUUUCAAAUGAUUCUCAAGAUGACAAAGUGACAGACAAUUUUCAUGAAGGCAAGGAAGAAACUGUUAAAGGAACUUUGUUGGUGCCCUGUCGCACUGCAAACAGAGGGAUUUUCCCUUUGAAUGGCACUUACUUCCAAGUCAAUGAGGUGUUUGCAGAUCACGAGACGAGCAUUAAUCCCAUAGAAGUUCCUAGGAAGUUACUGUGGGAUCUCACACGAAGAUUUGUAUACUUUGGAACUUCCGUUACAUCAAUUUUUAAAGGUCUCAACGUGGACGAGAUAUCAUACGCAUUUCAAUGCGGUUAUGUUUGUGUUCGGGGCUUUGACAAUGUAACGAGAGCACCCAAACCUCUCCAACCAAGGUUACAUUCAGCUGCGAGCCUCGGUAGCAAAAGAAGACAACAACAGCCAAAAGACACUGGUGAAAUAAAUGGCCACAAUGCAAAGGCACAAACUAAAAGAAAGCAAAAGCAGAAGGUUUCAGAAAACACUAGUGUGUAAAUUGUGAUGUAGGUAAGUAUACGAAGUUCAUGCUAAGUUUCUUACCAUGGUUGGUAGAUCAGGUCUGGUAGAUUCUUAACUUAAGUAAAUCUGGAUUGAAUCUCUACGCUUCUUACAUCGUUUUUGCAGAUUUGCGCAUUCUGGACCUUCAUGGUGGACAGCCACCAAUACAGUACAGAAGAAUUGUAGUGUAGAGUAAGGCGAAGAAAUUUAGUGUAGAUUACUCUAGAUUAAGUCUCUUCAUACUCAGACGAAUAUCCAGACAACUAUCACGUGGAUUCAAUAAUAGAAAACAAGAGAAGAGAGUUCUGUUUCUAUUUAUUACAUUGUCAACAUGUAAUCAUCAUUCUUGAUCCCUUGAUGGUCAAAUAAACUUCUGAAUCGGCUUACCAAAGGUUGAGCUAGGAUCUCC